CGGUGACAAGCUGGCUCAUGAAUGUGCGCGCGCAUCGCCACCGGGAAAGAAGGAAGCAAAGUAUAACCUUUCUCCGAUUGGAUAGGACCGCACCGACCUAAUGGCCAAUGAGAUGCAGUUCUAGAGGAGUAUAUACAUGUGGUGCGACAUCCAUAUAGGAUUAUCUUUGAAUCAUAUUGAUAGUAAAUCAUGAGCGGAAGAGGCAAAACAGGAGGCAAAGCCAGAGCUAAGGCUAAGACCAGAUCUUCACGCGCCGGGCUCCAGUUUCCCGUGGGCCGAGUGCAUAGACUUCUCCGCAAGGGCAACUAUGCUCAACGUGUUGGAGCUGGUGCACCGGUCUAUUUGGCCGCAGUUCUCGAGUACUUGACUGCUGAAAUCCUUGAGUUGGCUGGUAAUGCUGCCCGCGACAACAAGAAGACUCGUUUCAUCCCUCGUCACCUGCAGUUGGCCGUCCGCAACGACGAAGAGCUGAACAAACUUCUUGGAGGAGUCACUAUCGCUCAGGGUGGAGUUUUGCCUAACAUCCAGGCAGUGCUUCUGCCCAAGAAAACCGAGAAAGCCGUUAAAACAAAGUAAUUUAGGUUACAACUGUCGCUGUCAAAUCCCAAAGGCUCUUUUAAGAGCCACCCACUCAACUUUAAAGCGCAGUAUGUCCAUACUGCAAAGUAGGUUAUAUUAAGUUAGGUGACGGACAUGAAAGGUCGAAUUACUACCCUUCAAAUAAUCAUGGUGGAAUGGAAUAUUAUUGGUACCCAUUUUCACAUCUCUUGGGAUGAAAUGUAAAAUGAAUUACAAUUCCAUGCAUGUGUAGGGUAGUGUUUGUGUGUGCAUGUAGUGUAUUAUUAUACAUAUACUGGUACAUAUGUACUCGUUCCCUUAUAUUCUUACCUUGUAUGUGUAAAAAUGCAGGGAUGCAAGCCCAUCAGGGGUGUGUGUACAAAUUAAAAUGGGUUAAGUUU